AUGGUGGCCGAUGCUCUCAGUUGUAGAACGAUAACUGAUUUGAGGACGAUAUUCACUCAUCUUAUUUUGUUCGAUGAUAGGAGUCUAUUAGCCAAAUUGCAAGUUAAGUCGACUUGGAUUGGGCAGAUUCGAGAAAAGCAGUUAGGGAGUGAUUCUCUAGUUCUGCAGUUUCAUCAGGUUGAGAGUGGCAGUACUUCUAAUUUUGGGCUGAAUAAGGAUGAAGUUUUGUGUUUUCGAGGUUGGGUGUGUGUACUGAAUGAUUCUGAUCUGAUACAGUCGAUUCUGAGGGAGGCGUAUAGUAGUACUUAUACUAUGCUUAUCGGUGGUAAUAAGAUAUAUCGGGAUCUUCGCAAGUUGUAUUGGUCAAUCUGA